AUGUUUCUCACUCGCAGUGAAUAUGAUCGAGGAGUGAAUACUUUUUCACCUGAAGGACGCCUUUUUCAAGUGGAAUAUGCAAUUGAAGCCGUUAAGCUUGGAUCAACAAGUAUUGGAAUUCGAACAAAUGAAGGUGUUAUUUUAGCUGCCGAAAAGCGAGCCACUUCUAAACUUAUGGUGAACGAUGCAAUCGAAAAAGUAUCCAAAGUUGAUUCUCAUAUCGCAGUAACAUUCGCUGGUCUUAUUGCUGAUUCGCGAACACUUGUUGAACGUGCUCAAAUCGAAGCUCAGAACUUUUGGUUUACUUAUAAUAGGAAAAUACGUGUAGAGGAUGUGACAAUGUCGGUUGCUAAUCUUGCUUUACAGUUUGGUGAUGAUGAUGUCAAGGCAUCGAUGUCUCGGCCAUUUGGGGUUGCGAUGUUGUUUGCUGGAGUUGAUCAGGAUGGACCUAGAUUAUUCCAUCUAGAUCCAUCUGGAACUUUUAUUGAUUGCUUGGCUAAGUCGAUCGGUGCAGCAUCGGAUGGUGCUGAACAAAGUUUAAAAGAACUUUAUUUUGAGUCGAUAUCGCUAGUAGAAGCAGAAAAAGUUGCAUUAACUAUACUGAAACAAGUAAUGGAAGAAAAAUUGACUAGUUCAAAUGUGGAAAUCGUCGUUAUAACACCAACAAAAGACGAAAAAGGUCGAAAGACAGGACGAUUCGAACGUCUUAGUAAAGAACAACUCGAAACUCUUGUAAACGAUUUGUGA